AACAAUAAGUUCUUCAACACGGUCAUAUAUUGCCCUUUACUCUAUUCAACCUCGGCCCCUCUGAAACUUCUUUUUUUUUUUCAAUAAAGAUGGCUCUUUACGUUCGUGUUCGACAAUUACUACCCAAAUCUUUACAGCUAUCUCCUUCUGUACUUUUCACUGUUAACAGCUGACUGAACCGUCCCGAGUUCUACCUCAUAAGCUCAUUCGUGUCCUAUAAAUACCAUCCCGUACAUGCCAACUUCUCUCAUUCAUAAUCAUCCUUCCAUUUCCAUAGUCGUACUUACUAAUUUUCACAUGUCUUCUUCAACUUCAAUGCUUCUGUUUGUACCAUUUCUGCUUGCUAGCUUUGUUAUGGUUGCCUCUGCGGGUAACUUCAACCAAGACUUUAAGAUUACAUGGGGGGACGGUCGAGCAAAUAUACUCAACGACGGCCAACUUCUUACUCUCUCCCUCGACAAAGCCUCUGGCUCUGGUUUUGAAUCCACAAACGAAUAUCUCUUCGGCAAGAUUGACAUGCAGCUCAAGCUUGUUGCCGGAAACUCUGCUGGCACCGUCACUGCCUACUAUUUAAAAUCAGAAGGGUCGACAUGGGACGAGAUAGACUUUGAGUUCUUGGGAAACCUGAGUGGCAACCCUUACAUUCUUCACACCAAUGUGUUCAGCCAAGGCAAAGGUAACAGAGAGCAGCAGUUCCAUCUCUGGUUCGACCCAACUGCUGAUUUCCACACCUAUUCCAUUCUCUGGAAUCCACAGCGCAUUGUUUUCUCUGUUGAUGGAACCCCCAUUAGAGAGUUCAAGAACCAAGAAUCAAAUGGUGUUCCAUUCCCAAAGAGCCAAGCAAUGAGAAUACACUCGAGCCUUUGGAAUGCCGACGAUUGGGCGACAAUGGGUGGACGCGUGAAGACGGAUUGGAAUGCAGCUCCUUUCACUGCCUCUUACAGGAAUUUCAAUGCUGAAGCUUGCAUUUGGGCGUCUGGAUCAUCUUCUUGCGGCUCAAGCAAUGCCCCUUCUUCCACUAAUGGCGAUUGGGUUUCGCAAGAAUUGGACAGUGCAAGUCAAAAGAAGAUGAGUUGGGUGCAGAAAAACUACAUGAUCUACAAUUACUGCACAGAUGUCAACAGAUUCCCUCAGGGUCUCCCAGUUGAAUGCAGCGCUUCAUAGAGAGAUAUACUAAGUCAUCAAUCAGGGUCUCCCAGUUGAAUGCAAAGCUUCAUAGAGAGACAUAUACGAAGUCAUCAAUCAAUUCUUUCCAAUUUUACUAUUCAUUUUGUAGGAGAUGCAAUUCUUUUAUAAAUUGGCAUAUAUAGCUCGGCCGUGAUUCAUGAUUUAGCAGUAGUAUACUUUCAACAAUUAGACUUCGUCUAGUGAAAUUAUCUUGUGUUUUGGGAACAACUAUUGGAC